CCAUCAGAGCGUUUGUCUUUCCACUUUCGUGUUUACGGCUCUCUUGAUAUAAUUGAAGAUAAACUUAUGGUUGGUUCUUCGAAGCCUUCCUUCAAUGAUAAAGAUGCGACCAACAAGUACCUGGGCUUGUUAUACACUAUUGAGGACUACUGUAUUUACGGAUACGUCACUAAUACUAACGUUAAGUUUGUUGUAGUCCAGGAAGAUCCUGGAACAUUAGCCGAUCUCCCGAAAGGCGGUGCAGCUGUGCCACCGGAUAGCAAAGUGAAAAAGACUCUUGAGUCCCUUCACGAUGCCUACUUAAGUCUUCUUUCUUCCCCAUUUUAUACCCCCAACACCCCCAUCGAUCCCUCAGAAUCCCCCGCUGCUAAGAAAUUCGAGGAAGUUGUUGAUACUCUUCUUGAAUAUCCCUCACAAAUUACGACGUCCAAUCUAUGA